AUGGACAACCAUCCCGACGGGCGGGGAGUAAAGCGACCCCAGGCGGGCGUAUCGCCGGAGCCCAUCGAAGCGCCGCUGAAGCGUGCGAGGGCCCCAGAAGCAACGACACCGACACACGCUGCCACGUCGACCGUCACGGCGGGCUCCGAUCCCGCGGGAGUGCCGGCGAACAUCGUAUACCCUUCGGCGUCUACCCUUGACCCCUACCUGUCGAUGGGACGCUCGCGCGUCUUCGCCGCACAAUACGAGGAGAUGCACCACUUCCAGUGGUUCGUUCAGACCAACGACACCAUUGAGGGUAUCCUCGCUGAGCAUACCAUUGAGACCCCUUCGGAGCGCACACCUUGGGCAAUGUUCCUCGCAUUGAGCAACGAACAUCACGCCGCCAACAGCGAAAUUGGCCGGCUACGUCAUGAGGUGGGGGUGGCCCAAAGUUCGGCCAUCGAAGCCUAUGCCAGAGGCCGCGCAGCGCAGCGCGAUGACGUCCGGCGCCUGGAGGACCGCAACACCCGACAGCGGACGAUGAUUUUCAACCUCGAGAGACGGCUGGAGGAGAAGGCCGCUGACAAUCAACACUUGGAGCUCGCGGCACAGCAAGCUCGCACCUCGUACCAAAGCGCUACCGAGGACCUGCGGAUCGAGCGCGAGGCUCAUGCCAGGACUCAGACCCUUCUCUCGCAAGCUCGCGCGUUCAUCGGAUACAUCAUGAGCGGCUUCAAGGGCGGUGUAAAUCGCGCAAUGGUUGCAGCUGCGCAAUCCCUCAAUUCGCAGGACUCCUAG